AAAAAUGACAGUUUCCUACAACCUAGAUGUCUCUUCUGUUUCGUUUUUCAACUUUUUCAAGCUGCUCUUCCGAUGGCGGGGCUCCGUCUGGAAGUCGAUAUGGUCCGAGCUAGUACUAUGGUUACUGGGCUACUACUUGGUUAUGGUCACUUAUAGGGUGGCACUGACCACGGAACAGAAAGCAGGUGUCAGAAAAUAUAUAGAUCAUUUGGACCAGAAUCUCGACAAAUGUGUUCCGCUAACCUUCAUGUUGGCGUUCUUCGUGACAAUUAUUGUGGAUCGAUGGAAGAAUAUGUUCGCAAAUAUUGGAUUUAUUGAGAACACCGCCAUCGCAAUCGCCACCCUUGUCAAGGGUACCGAAGGAGAUGUUCUACUCGCCAAGCGUACAAUAAUCCGAUACCUGGUACUGACUCAGGUCCUAGUGUUCCGAGAUAUUUCCCUAAAAGUCCGCCGUCGAUUUCCGAACCAUGACGCCAUUAUCAAAGCGGGGUUCCUUCAGGAUCAUGAAUCCAUAAUCUUGGGAGGUGACAACGGACGUACCAACUACUGGAUGCCGGUGAACUGGUCUUCGGCGAUAUUACAAAAACUUUUCGAGGACGGAAACAUCCCAGCAGCUCCGUUAUUCAACUCGGUUUGGCAGGAGGUCAAAACUUUCCGCUCGAAUAUGGCAACCCUGUGUAACUAUGAUUGGGUGCCGAUUCCUAUUGCUUACCCGCAGGUGGUGUUUUUUGCAGUUAGAGUUUACUUCUUCACCUGCCUAUUUACAAGGCAGCAUUUGGAUAUGGAAGAUACGAAAACGAUUGACUAUUACUUCCCUAUCCUGACAGUCUUCCAAUUCACUUUCUUCAUGGGCUGGAUGAAGGUCGCCGAGGCGCUGCUCAAUCCGCUAGGCGAGGAUGAUGACGACUUUGAAUGCAAUUACCUGAUUGAUAGGAAUAUUGCGACAGGAAUGGCUAUCGUCAACUCGAAGUAUUCUGAUGUGCCAGAAAUGUUGGCUGACAAGUUCAACGAUCCAUCCUAUGCACCAUACUACCCGGAGAAGGUUAUCGACUCGGGAGCCGAUCACGCGUUGGUGGGAUCCGCGCAGACUGUGACAUUAGCCGAGCCGAAUGACAUCAUCGACAUGAUGAAGGUCGACUUGAACUCUCCGAUUGUUGUGGGAAGAAGAAACACCAACAACACCUCCACCAUCCGCCGCAGACUUUCCUCUGCUUUUGGCAGGCGGAGCCACUCUGUGCAACACCUGGGCCCGGAGAAGCCUGAACCCACAAGCCCAUUCUCCCAAUCCAUGGCUCCACAGCGGCCCUAUGGAGCUUUUGAGCUAUCGAAUGGGUUCAAUUUGUCUGGACUGUCGGGCAUAACUUCUCAGAGUCAUUUGCCGAAGCUUGAAGAGGAGUCGGAGACAACUGAUCCACUGCCAGCUCAGCAACCAGUAUUUGUGCUUCCUAGGACACUCAGUGAAGAACCUACAAGCCCCACCUUGCCGUUUGAUCAGACUCUGGAGCACGUCGAUAAUAAUGGGUUGAAUAAAAUGAAGUUUUGAUUAUUUA